CGUAGGAGCUGGCGCGAGCUCCGCGCGCAGGCGCGCCGUGUCUUUCCAGCCGGCAUGGCGCCGGUGGAGCACGUUGUCGCGGACGCAGGGGCUUUCCUCCGGGACGCGGCCCUGCAGGACAUCGGGAAUAACAUCUACACCGUCCGGGAGGUGGUCAGCGAGAUUCGGGACAAGGCCACGCGCCGGCGCCUGGCCGUCCUGCCCUACGAGCUGCGGUUCAGGGAGCCGCUCCCGGAGUACGUGCGGCUGGUGACUGAGUUUUCAAAAAAAACUGGAGACUAUGCCAGCCUCUCUGCCACAGAUAUCCAGGUGCUGGCGCUCACUUACCAGUUGGAAGCGGAGUUUGUUGGGGUGUCUCACCUAAAACAAGAGCCGGAAAAGGUUCGAGUGAGCUCCUCGAUUCAGCACCCAGAAACGCCUCUACACAUUUCUGGCUUCCACCUCCCCUCCAAGCAUAAGGCCCCUCAGGAAACAGUACAUUGUGGCGUUCCGGCCCGCGAGCCCGAGCACCCAGAAUUCAGUUCCUUCCUAUUCUGGAGGAGCCCUCUGCCUAAUAUCGAUCAUGAGCUACAGCAGCUGCUGAUUGACAGAAGGGCCGAGGAGGCAGAAGGUGAUGGUUCUGAAGAAAGUGAAGGCGAAGGCAGUGGUGACGACGGGGGAGGCUGGAUAACCCCCAGCAACAUCGGGCAGAUCCAGCGGGAGCUGGAGAAGGGCGACGUCCCACAGGAUGUGCGGGUUGGCUGUGUGACUACAGACUUCGCCAUGCAGAACGUCCUGCUGCAGAUGGGGCUGCACGUACUGGCGGUGGACGGCAUGCUGAUCCGCGAGGCCCGGAGCUCCAUCCUGCGCUGCCACGGCUGCUUCAAGACCACGUCUGACAUGAGCCGAGUGUUCUGCGCGCACUGUGGGAACAAGACACUGAAGAAAGUGGCCGUGACCGUGAGCGAGGACGGCACCCUGCACAUGCUCUUCUCCCGCAACCCCAAGGUGCUGAACCCCCGAGGCCUCCGGUACCCGCUGCCCAUGCCGAAAGGGGGCAAAUACGCCUCCAACCCCCACCUGACGGAGGACCAGCGCUUCCCGCAGCUGCGACUGUCCCGCAAGGCCCGGCAGAAGACCGAUGUGUUCGCCUCCGACUACAUAGCCGGGGUGUCUCCCUUUGCAGAGAACGACAUCUGCAGCCGCUCGGCCACCCUGCAGGUCCGCGACAGCACCCUGGGAGCCGGGAGGAGACGCUUAAAUCCCAAUGCUUCCAGGAAGAAGUUCGUGAAGAAAAGGUGAAGUGCGAGCUGCCGCCGGCAGCCGGACUGGUGUCUCCCUCCCUGGAGCAUCUGGGCUUCAGCUGUCCUUCCAGAGCCGCGACUCCUGCACAGGAGGGGAUCGGGCGAGAGCAGGGAGCAGUGCCUUGGAGCCCCGGGGUCAAGUGUCCGGGUUUAUAAUAGUAUUUUGCAAUAAAACCACAGAC